AUAAAGCUCCAAUGCACACGAGAACUAUUUACUCAAACAACACCCAAAGAGAUUGAACUCAAAACUUUAAAGACAAGAAAAAGAGAAAGACAGCAACAAGGUUGGAAAUGGAGUCAGCCACCUCGGUUGCUUCACACCAAACUAAAACUAUCUGCUGCUACUAUUAUCCAAUCCCAAUUCCUAAAUAUCAUCUUCAUCUCCCUCCCCAUCUCCCCAAAUUCAUCUCUUCUCAACCCCUCAAUCUCCAUUUCAAAUCAAGAAAACACCACAAUUUCAUCUCCCCUUGUGCUGCAAUCACCACUACUUGCAGCAAAGAUCAUCAAGAAAACCAUAAUUAUGACGACCCAUGUCAUCAAAAUCCAAUCUUUUCUAAGAAACCCCAAAAGAAUGAUGACCCAGAAAGCAAUGUAAUUUCAACAAACAGUUGGUGGGAGAAAUUGAGAGCUGUGGUUGGGCAGAGUGUUAACUUAGAAGGGAUUUCAGGGGCUUUCGGAAUUAUUGCAAAGGAUAGACAUUUAGUAGUGCCUCAUAUUGCUGUGCCAGAUAUAAGGUACAUUGAUUGGGUUGAAUUGAAAAGAAAAGGGUUUCAAGGUGUUGUCUUUGAUAAAGAUAAUACUUUGACUGUUCCUUAUUCUUUCACUAUUUGGAGGCCUCUUCGGAUUUCUGUUGAAGAAUGCAAAUCUGUUUUUGGCACCAACAUCGCAGUCUUCAGCAAUUCUGCUGGACUCCAAGAGUAUGAUCGUGAUGGUAGGAUAGCAAGAGCCCUGGAGUUCAAGAUUGGAAUUAAAGUCAUCAGGCACCAGAUAAAGAAACCAGCCGGAUCAGCUGAAGAAAUUGAACAACAUUUUGGAUGCGACUCCUCAAGACUAAUAAUGGUGGGUGAUCGACCCUUCACAGACAUUGCAUAUGGCAACCGGAAUGGUUUUCUAACUAUUUUAACGAAUCCACUAAGUCUCGAUGAGGAGCCUUUAAUAGUUAACCAGGUAAGAAAAUUGGAAGUAAGCCUCGUCAAAAGAUGGUCUAAGAAAGGGUUCCAUCCGACCAGUCAUUGGCUACUUCCAGAUUCGUCAGAAUGUGUGAUAGAUCAUUCACCUCUGUAAGAAAUUUUGUGGACAAGGAGUGAGAUUAAUAUUUCUUGUAUCUAUGAACAGUCGUGUCUUUUUUAAAUCAAUAUAUAUUAGUUGUCAUGAUACAUUUUCAUAAUAUGGAGCAGUAAACAGGAUUAAGUAGUGUUUGGUCCAUUUAGAAAAGGAACAUGUGCAGAGUAGAGAAAAUAGGAGAAGUGAGCUUCUGUACUUUGAUAGGAAUGACCUUCAAUGUUACAUAAGUAGUCCAAGAUAAUCGCUACAGUUGGUAUCUGUAUUUUAAAAUAUAUAAAGUGAUAUUCAUAAUCUUUUAUUGUUA